UUAUCUAAGAAUACUAUUAAGAAUGAAUGAUACGUUUCCUUCGGACAAAGUAUUUUCUUUGUAUAGUAAUCCUUCUCUUACAAAUGUAUCAACAAUACCAACAUUAUCGAAUACAAAUUGGAAUGGAAAUAUUCUGCUUUUUUUCGUGGCACUAGGAUUUGGGAUCUUAUUUUGUAAUUUGUGGGUGAUUAUUGGUAUUAAAUAUUGUUACAGAUAUUCAAAUACAAAUCAUCCAGAAACUAUGGAAAUUGAGAGAAUUAUUCCGCAAAAUCAAAAUUGCCAAAAGAAACUUAUGACACAAGGUGAAGCGGAUCAACAGUUUCCAUCAAUUCUUUAUAAAGUAUGGUUAUCACAACAUAAACGUCAAAAGCAACAAUUUUAUAAAACAUUGUCGAAUGAUAAGCAGAAUAAUCAAGCAAAUGAUUCAGACUUAGAAUCUAAUGUAAACAUUGAAUCUAAUAAAUAUAAUGAAGAAAACGCUUUUCAUCAGGAAAAAACACAUAAUUUUAACACAUCCCAACAUAAUUAUCCUAUGGAAGAGGCCCUGAACUCUCAGAAUUUAUAUUCUUGUACAGAUAUCCCUUCGAAUGUAUUCAAUAGAUCUUAUAGCAAUCUCAAUAAUCAGCAUAAUGAUAUUAGUAUAUCUAUUCCGAAUGAACAACAAAGUAAACAUGAAGAUGAGUAUGUAAAAGAAAGUGAACAGAAAAAAGCUUCAUCAAGUGGCUCCCCUGAAGAUGCAUCUUUUAGUGAUACAUGUGCUAUAUGUCUAGAUAUAUUUCAAGAUGAUGACGAGAUAAGAGUGCUUACAUGUGACCAUAUUUACCACUCUUCGUGUAUUGUACCAUGGUUUACUACAAGACGUGCUAUGUGUCCUCUUUGUAAACAUGAUUUUUAUAUCCCGAAAAUACCUGUUAAUACAGAUAUGGAAAAUACUAGUAGAAACAUGCCACCUUUUCCCGAAGUUCAGGUUUAUGAGCAUCGUAUGCAUCAUUCAUCUUUAGCGUUUUUUUCCGCUUACGAACCUCAACGAGUUGAACAAUAUAGAGCUUCAACUAAUAAUGAUUAUAGAAAUAGUACAUAUGGCAGAGGAGCAAAUAGAAGGAGUUCCCCAUAUACGAGACUCUCGAGAAUUCUAUUAUUUAGAAGAAAUAAUUCUUUUAUUUAGUCAAAUAUUGAAAUAUACAGUAUAAAUUACG